CGAAAGGCCAUGAAAGAAACUGACCCAUCAAAAAAAGCAGCUCUUAUUCAAGCCAUUGAGGAAGAUGGUUUAUUACUACAACAGAAAUAUCAGAAAAAAAAAGAACUUUCUGACAAGUUUAAUUUUGACCCAAAAAAGAAAGUUGAUGAUUUAAUAGAGGCCAUGAAAAAGGCUAUUGAAAGAAGCAGAAAGAAAAAGGGCGGUGGUUCCGGAGGAGGAAAUGGUAAAAACUCUGAUGAUACUGAAAGUUCCGAUAGUGAUGAUGAUAGUUCAGAUGAUGAUCAAAACAGCAAUGGUUCAAAUCCAAAGCCAAAAAAAGACCCAAAAAACGACUUCUUUCAAGGCAACAAACAACUAAUUGUUAUUUCCAAAAAAUUAGAGAAAAACAUUACUCCUCAUUACACUAAUUUAGAACCCUAUCAAAGAGAAAUUCCGGAACCCAGAGAACUAACUGAAACCGAGAAAAAGCAAAUAGAAGCCAUGGCAGAGCAAAAAAUAUUGAAAAGAGCGGAAUUUUUAAGAAGAUUACAAGGAUAG